ACACAAAAAUACCACCUUAGCGUUGACGUGUAAACUGACUCCCCACCCAUUCUUCUCUUUAUUCUGCUCCCUCACCUCUAAACCCCUCAAAAUCAUUUGUAAUACACAGUCUUCUUCUUUCACAAAGAAAAACGAAAUGUACAAUCCCAUGUAUCAAGAAAUCAAGAAACCAGUAAAUCAAGAACCAAGAAACCAAGAAAAUCAAGAAUCAAGUAACCAAGAAGAUCAAGAAAUGAAUCCAUUAUCGCUUCCAUUAGAAUCAAACCAAACCCAUUAUCGUCUUACUAAUGAUUAUGACGACGAUGAUGAAAAUCAACAAGAAAGUGAAGGGAAGACCCAGCAGAGUGACACUGGGGUGCCUGUAGGAGAUCAAGAUUAUGGAAAGAAUGAGAAACAAGAGACGAGAGGCAAGGCAUUGGUGCAAGAAUAUGAUUCUGGAUGUGAAAGAUUAAGGAGACAUAGAAUUGAAGUUGCAGGUAGGGUUUGGAUUCCAGAUAUAUGGGGUCAAGAAGAGCUAUUGAAGGACUGGAUUGAUUGUUCUGCUUUUGAUGCUCCUUUAAUGCCUAACAGUAUUAUGUCUGCUCGCGCAGCUUUAGUUGAAGAAGGAAGAAGAGCAACUUCUGGAAGAUUAAGAAUAGAAAACAGGUGUUGAGUAAUUUUAUCAACGUAAAGAUCAUUCCUAUUGUUUCUCAAUUAAUUAGUUUCCAUUUGUUUUGAUGAUGAUCUUCAUGAUUAUGGAAUCGUUAAUUAAAUUCCACAACAUCAUGAAAUUACUUUACGUCUAUUAAUUAUUUAACUAGUUAUUCUGUUUCUAUUGUGGUGGAUGAUUAACCUAAUCUACCAGAAACUGGAUUGA